AUGGAGGAGGAGGAGCGCAAGAAAUGGAUCGAAAUGAAGCGGGAGGAAUACAGAGUGCUGAAGGAGAAUUCGAGGUUUUCUCUGCCCUGGGGCAAGCGUCUCCCCGUCGUGGCCUCACUCUCCUUCGUCGCCGGGAUGGCGCUGGGUCUCUCCCACGGAAGCCAAACAACAGGACUACGAUUUCGGGCAGAGAAUGCGCAUAGGUUACCUACGACUCCGACGGGAUGGUAUCUCUAUCACAAGAGCAAGAACUACAAUAUGGCGCUGGGUGGAGUGAAGGAGGGAUUUAAGAUGGGCGCCAAAGUCAGCUUUUGGACUGCGGCAUUCUUCAGUGUGGAAGAGAUAUUCGAUCGAUAUAGAGGGACGAAGGAUUUCGUCAAUACGGUCAUUGCAAGUUUGUCUGUUGCUGGCGGCUUCAGUCUGUGGAACCGCUUCCCAGUAACCACCGCAGCGAGAACGGCCAAGAGUGGAUUGGCCAUUGGGUUGGCAUACGGGCUUGCUCAGGAUGCAAUAGGAGCCGCAAGGGGAAGGCGGCCAGGCUAUGUGGACUUCAUCUUGCGCGGAGGGAGACGAAAAGCGGCCAUAGAGAAGAACGAAAUGGCAUGA